AUGCCCUCCAAGGCAAGAUCAUUGCUCGAGCUCACCAGGCUUCACUGGUUUCCAGUGGGGUGUGACUUCAUGUUCUGGCCCUUCGCGUGGGGCUCGCUGGCGGCAUCAUACCAUGUAGCAUUACCCAUGAGAGAAGUUGUCACGAACACUUUGUUCUAUGCGUUGUUAGGCACGCUGGUACACAGUGCAGGCUGCGUCAUAAACGACAUGCUUGAUCGCGAGUUCGAUCGCAAAGUUGAACGUUCAAAAAACCGACCGAUCGCGUCGGGAGCUGUCACUAUGCUAGAGGCCUCGGUUCUUCUGAUCGUGCUCGUUGCUGCCAUCUUUUACAUGUUCUCAACUGCUGGCUCUACAGCUUUGUUACUCGGUCUUGUUGGACUCCCAGCUUGUGGCGGAACGUAUCCGCUAAUGAAGCGUUGGAUGUAUUGGCCAUCUUUGUACCUUGGUUUUGCUGCUAGCUGGGCUGUCCCAUUCACGUGGGUGGCAAUCACGGGUGAGUUUGAUUGGGGCAUGAUACUAAAUGUCGGAGUCGCGUCAUGCUGCUGGACGUGUCUUUACGACACUAUCUACGCGUGUCAGGACAAGAAGGACGACGAGAAGGCUGGAGUCAAGUCCAUGGCAGUCCGUCUGGGCGAUGGCAUUCGUCCUGCAUUGAGCGUAUUUGAUGCGACGUUUUUCGCGUGUCUUCUAUGGGCUGGGUAUUUGAAUGGCCAGCACCUACCGUUCUACGUGAUGAGUGUCAUUGCGCCCUUCCUCCUCUGUCUGUGGCACAUAUGGUCAUUUGAUCACAAUGAUCCCCGAGACAGCUGGAAGAAAUUUACGGCAGGUCGCCACGGCGCAGCGUUGGUGUGUGCAGGAUUGGUCGUGGACCAUUACUGUAAUCUUGUGUCCCUGGCCAUUUGA